AUGAGCACCAGGGAUGAGUUUAAAGAGUUGGAUUCAUUGAAUGAAUAUCGGGUGAAAUCCAUAAACAGCGCCUAUUAUAUCAAAGAGUUUAUUGAUGCACAGGAGGAGCAGAAUAUCUUGGAUAAAAUCUAUUCAGCACCUAAACCAAAAUGGGUCACGUUGAAAAAUAGAAGAUUACAAAAUUGGGGCGGAAUCCCAACAGAGCGAGGAAUGCUCUCCGAACCGUUACCCUCAUGGCUGACUAACACCAUAUUUCCGAGGUUUACUAAACUUAAUAUAUUUUCCGAAUGCGAAAAAUUCCAUUUACCAAAUCAUUGUUUGAUCAACGAGUAUCUUUCUGGUCAAGGGAUUAUGCCUCACGAAGAUGGACCAUUCUACUUUCCAACAAUAGCCACUGUUUCUUUAAAAUCACAUACAAUACUAUGUUUUCAUAAGCACAUCGACGCUUCAUCAUCAACAAAUCAGCCCGGUGUUAAUUACGACACUCCUGAAUUUUCGCUACUGCUCGAACCUCGGAGUCUUCUAAUUCUAAAGCAUGACUUAUACAAAAAAUACCUCCACGGAAUUCAGGAAAGGAAAACCGAUAAUCUGGUAGAAUCAAAUGUUAUGAAUCUUGAACUUACUGAGUAUUAUCAACAAAGGCUGCAAAAGCGAGGAAGACAAAAGAACAUUAUAACUAGUAAUGAAGAUGAAAAUAAUGAAAAAGAUAUAGAUACGGAUGAUGGAGACACUCUGUUAUUAGAAAGAGAUACACGGAUUAGUUUAACAUUUAGAAUAGUGGAAAAGGUUAUGAAAGCCAGGAUUUUUGGUAAGAAGUGA